UGUAACUUUGUGUGUUAGUUUUACGCCGGAGCUCAGAGCGGAGACCGAGCUGGAGAACGAUCCCCGGAUGGAGCAGCAGCCCAGUGUCCGGAGCUGCACGAACUUAGGAGGAGAGCCGCUCAUGAACCUGAACGUUCACAGCACCACCGGCACUCGCUAUGAGCUCUCGGUGCCACUCGAAGAAACGGUGGACGGGCUGAAGCGUCGGAUCUCCCAGAAACUGAAGGUGCCCAAGGAGCGGCUCACCCUGCUGCACCGGGAGACGCGUCUAAGCGGUGGAAAGUUACAAGAUUUGGGAGUUGUGGACGGGAGCCGGCUGACCCUCCUGCCUACGGUUGAGGCUGGACUAAUGUCCCAGAUGUCCCGCCCAGAGCAGUCCGUAAUGCAGGCCCUGGAGAGUCUGACAGAGACGCAGGUGAAUGAUUUCUUAUCUGGACGCUCACCCCUCACGCUUGCACUUCGUGUUGGGGAUCAUAUGAUGUUUGUACAGCUUCAGUUGGCUGCCCAGCAAGCAGGGGGAUCCCACCUCCAGCACCACCAUCUAAUCACCAGAGGACCUGAGCACAAUGCUGCCCCUCACUUUCGCACCCUGCAUACGAGCACCACACCUGUACUCUCCCGACUGGCAGGUUGCACACAAGGUUCUUCUCAGCCUACUGAGUCAGCACCAGCUUCUUCCAGUCACUGCAAUGCACCCCACUCUUCAUCCCUCACCACCAGCGUCUUCCGCUCACAUGGAGAGGGUGUGGCUGUAUCGCCCCGUGCAGAGCAGGUUCCAUGUAGUAGUAGCAGCAGCAGCACCACCACUCGCAGUAAUGAAGCUGGUAGUCCUUCCCAGUCUGCCCGACCUCGAAAACCUGGUGCCAUUAUAGAGAGCUUUGUCAAUCAUGCUCCUGGAGUUUUCUCAGGGACAUUUUCUGGUACCUUGCAUCCCCACUGCCAGGAUAGUACGGGGCGUCCUCGCCGAGAUAUUGGGACAAUUUUACAGAUCCUGAAUGAUUUGCUGAGUGCUACUCGCCAUUACCAGGGCAUGCCGCCCUCACUCACAACACUCCGCUGCCACACCCAGUGUGCAUCACAGACCAGAAAUGCCAAGGCUACCUCUCCACAAAACAGUAAUAACCAGCAAAAGAGCCAACCAACUGUACAUUCCCAAGCUCGUCAGUGCAAACCUACUGGGGAUCGCAUGCGGCAAACAGAAAACAGGGCGACUCGCUGCAAAGUGGAACGUUUGCAGUUGCUUAUGCAUCAAAAGAGAUUGCGUCGGAAGGCACGGAGAGACUCCAGGGCUCCUUAUCAGUGGCUUCCUACAAGAAAAUCUAGUCGGACCAGCAGCAAUAGCAGUACAUCGAGCGGAGAGGGUGCCCUUGAGAUGGACUUCGAGGACUCGCUAUGGAAACCAGAUGUGAAAGCUGAACUAAACUCAGAAUUUGUGGUGGCAUGAGGCAUAUCCCACAGUAGAACUGCCUCCACAGCUGUAUAUGAACCAUGGGAAUUAUAAGACUAACCUUUGGUUGAAGAUGUUGUGAUCAUCAAAGGAAGACAAUACAUGGUCAUACCUUAAGUUUCCAUUGACUUGAAUAACAAA